AUGUUGCCGGCGCCGCAUUCAUCAGCGAACACGAGACGCAUUGCGAGGCUUGUCGUCGCCCCCGGGAUCGCCACAGUAAGCGGGAGUGACGUCGCCUCUGAGUUCACAAUGCCGCACAUCAACGGCGCACCGCCACUCUUUUCGGAACCGGAGCACCCGGCCGUUGACAACGCUAGCGGGAGUAACGACACACGACUUGAACCAAAGGACCCGCACCUGGGCCUCAUGCCGCACUGCCUCUCCUGUACCCUGCUCACAUCUGCCGGGGUGCAGGAGCCCGAGGACGUCUAUGGCCGCUCAAUGCCAUCGUCAUCCGCCGUAGGCGCUGUCGCAGCGGCGCUGGGGGGUGUGGUGAUGCCGACGCUUCAUGCCUCCUCCACUCCUGGGGCAAGCACAUCCAUCAUGCCUGCACCCACCGAGGCUCACAGUACAUGUGGCUCACGCCCGCUCCAGCAGCACCGCUGGGGCGGCAACUACGACAGCGGCAGCCAGUGCGUGUCAUUCCGCGGCGCCGAUCGGAGCAAUAAUGUCAGCGGCUGUGGUCUGCGACUCGUUGGCGAUGAUGUGGAGUGGCUGCAGGGCAGCUUCGAAGACAGCGCGUCCUCUCCGAGGGAGGAGGUGCAGCUGUCGUGGAGGCAUCUGCAGCGCCAACCGUACACGGGCAAAGGCAGCGCCGCUCGAGCGGUGCCGCCACCUCUCCACGAUGUUCGGGAAGGCGCCGCUCGAGAAAAAGUGCUUGGGGCCCACUACCGUUUUGAGCGUGCGGUGCAGCCACAGCCGCAGGGGCAGGGCGUUUUUCUGAGCACUGAGGAGGAAAACUCCCAGGCAGCAGCCAUGCUGUGGGCGGCGCAGCAGAUGGCCGUGUUCGACUGA